UGAAAAAUGAGGAGAUGUAAAACAAAACAAAAAUACUAAUAAAAACAAACAAAAAAAGUUAAAAGGGUGUGAAAACUUUCGCGAGGCGUUGUAGCCGAGCCUGGGGUGACCGGGAGGCAGAAGUGCAGCAGUGCAGUGCAAGAUGGAGAGUUGGCUGUAUUGCUGAUGACAGGUGGGAUGCUGCAGAGGAGGAGAGUCCUCUGUAAUAAAUCUUGAGGCUUUUUGUGGCAGCCUCUACAUUUACAGCCAAUUACAGCACUUCAUCGACUUGUACAAGGAUGGGGGGGGGGUUGUUCUUUAGAGAGGGAUGAUUUAUAUUGAGCAGAUAACUGAUAACAGUCUUUAUUUUAAGUACAAACAGCCAGUUAAACCAAACUGAACAGCAGUUGUUCUUUGGAACACGGGAGUGGAUCUUUAAAGCCGAGAGAUUUAAAAGGGACUAAGGAGUUUCCCUAGUGGGGAUCCGUGUAUGCAGAGAGCCCCUCCAUUAUGCGCUCCAUUUCUCCUUCCCAAUACUUCUCCCUGCUAACACGCCACCCCUCCCCUCUCACUUCCACUGCACACAGUAAAUCCAGAGCCUGCAGUGCCUGAUCGAGCCAAACCCUUAAAGAUCCAUAAGAUGCAGUAGUAAACUCUCAGCUUGCACAGGGAGGAAGAAGAGGGACUGAACUGCAUGCGAGUUUAUGGCAGAACACCUGCACUGGACAAGUGAGCAGGGGUCAAAUGCUAAGAUAGACAUACAUAGGAGAGAGAAGGGAGGAGGUGGGGGGGGGGGGGGAGAAAAAAAAAUCACCUUCAGCAGAGCACCAGCUGGUCCCGAGCUUGAAAGCAGCAGAGAGGAGACAGAAGAGGUGCUGAGCGGCAAAAAGGAGCAGAGAAAAAGUGACUGGAAUGAUAAGAUGAGAAGCAGGCCCGUGAUGUUGAAGCCGUUUCUUAAUGAGGCCCUCCUGGAGCUGGUGCUCGUGCUGUGGCUCGGGCUCCGCGUCCUGGCCGUGUGCCCCUCCGUGUGCUCCUGCAGCCGCAGCCACAGAGAGGUGGACUGUUUCCGGAGGAGCCUGAGAGAGCUCCCCGACGGCUUGCAGCACAACAUCCUCUCCCUCAACCUGUCCCACAACCAGCUCCUCCAUCUGGACGACAGGCUCGCCUCGUACACCCACCUCCGCGUCCUGGAUUUGUCCCACAACAGGCUGAGCCGCCUUCCCAGAGGCCUGCCUCGCUCCCUCUGGGAGCUCCGCGCCUCGUCCAACCGCAUCCAGCUGCUGGACAAGAACGACACGGUCUACCACUGGAACCUGAAGACCCUCGACCUCUCAGGCAACAAGGUAGAGAGGGCCGUCUUCAUCAAUAACACAAUGCCUGAGCUGCGCAUGCUCAACCUCAGCAAGAAUCACUUCUACACUUUGCCCACCAACCUGCCUGUGCACCUGGAGACCGUCGAUCUGUCCCACAACAUGCUUCUGAAGGUGCUGCCGGGCUCUCUUGACCGACUCCCAAAGUUAACCCACUUCUACCUGCACUCUAACCGCUUCUCCUCACUGCCCUUUGGAGCUUUGGACAAGAUGGUCUCACUCAGAGUCGUCACUCUGGGCAGCAACCCUUGGGCUUGCCACCUUCACGAGGUCGACUACUUGCUGUCUUGGACUCAGAGCACCUCUGCGCUUGUCCUCGGCUGCCCCUGCUACACCCAGCCCGUGUGUGGAGCGACGCACUCCAGCAGGACCGGAGGUUUGCACUUUGGCUCCUUUGUUCUGCCUCCUCUGGCAGUCGGUGCCUCGGAUCUGACCUCGGCGUCGCCCGAAGAUGGCGUCACGCCGUGGUACUGGUCCGUCUCCGCUCAGCAAAGCACGCCCCAAACCCGCAGAGAGUCUCUAAACAUGGGGCACGAUGCCUUCACGGAAACAGCCAUCAGCAUUUCCACCGUAACGAUUAAUCACCUGGCUGGAACCGGCAGCCGAGAGGACAUAGAUCAUCUCAUCUCAGGCACAAAGGAAGCUUCAUCCUCGGCCCCGCUCCACACCGCGGACUUAUCCCAUUUCUCUGACAAAAGUCUCAUUACCGACACAUCUAAAGGAAACGGCGUGGAGCUGGCCACCGAUCGAUUCUUUAUAACCGAGGCCUCCUCCACCCAAACAAAGAGGACAGCCACUCUCCGCACCAGAAGCGUCAGGAGACAGAAUCAGUCGCCUUCCGGAGGCAUCAGAAACAGCAGCCCAACCUUCUCCUGGUUUGGUUUCCUUCACAACUUGUGGCUUUUCCCUCUCGUUUUGCCUCAAGUCGUCUGACGGAUGGUGUGAAGAGUUUGAGGCAAAAUGUGAAUUUAAAGCAAAAAAUAAAUAAAUAAAUACUAAAGCACAAGAGAGAUGAUACUGGAACAGUUGUUGCACCCACAGAAGCCAUGUCUUCAGAGGAAGUUUAGAUGAUAAAAAUAAAUAAAUAAAAGAAAAUAGAAAAUAUGUCUUUAACCACUUUUUUUGGAUUACAUAAGGUUCACACUAAUGCCAGCAAAAUGGAUUUUUUAAAAAUGUGAAAAUGAGGUGUUUAUCUCUUUAUGUCAUUGCCUCAACAUUUGACACCAUCCUUCAUGAAACCACAACGUGUGUGCGUGUGUGUGUGUGGUAUUAUUUUGGAAACUGGCACACAAUGAUUCAAACAAACACCAAGGUGCAGCGGCUUAUAAAACUCUUCUCUGCUAUGUUACAACUGCAAAACUUCGGUGCAUUUCAUUAGGAUUUUAUAUGGUUGAAAGGUAGAGAGAAAGAAGGAUGCAUGGUCUCUAGACGUUUUCACAAGCAAAAACCUGAUUAGAUUUGCAUGUGUUCACUGUUAAAAUCUGGUAUUUUUUCCUUCCUCUUCACAAAAACGAAGAGCUUCCAUCUUGAAAGCCGCACCAACGUUAGAACGUGAGAAAAUGUGAACCGUUUAAAGACGUGUGAAUAAUUAUACAGGACGCUGCAUGCGGUCACAUUUGCUCAUCCAAAGCAUGUCUUGUCAACAGGGAACUGUGCCUUUACAGCAACGGACCAUCCUUACGACGCCACCGACACGUUUGAAAUGGUUCGCUCACGAGAGGCCGACAGUCGCAUCCCAUCGUUCGCCCUCAGAUUCUCGUUUAAGGAACUAUCUUAAAAAUUGUUGAAAUUCUUCCAACAAGCAAUUUACAGUUUAGAUUAAUCGUCCACAAAUCUCUGAAAGUCAAUGUGGGGUCUGUGAAACUUGUAAUAGUUUGGAGGUGGUUUUUUUUUUUUUUUACUUUUUUGUCUUUCUUUGUUUGUGUCUGGAGUAACUGUAUUGAUGGGAGUGUUUUUAAACCCAAGCGGAGGAUCACCAGAAAAUUAAUGUGAGAGGGCCGAGAGUUCGCGGCCAAUCUGCAUCGGCUUUUCAGCCUCAUUAGCUCCGUCUGUAAUGAAUGCUUCUCGGCCUUUGCAAUUUUACACAGAAGAAGCCCUGAUCUCCUCUGAUGAUCCCUCCCCGUUCUUUGUUUUUCCUUCCCUCUCUCGAACGCUCUUUUCUUGACACUCUUCAGCUUUUACAUCAACAAAAAAGCUUUUUUUUUUAAUAAAAAAAAAAUGGCGCAACAUUUGUAAUGCUGCUUCUUUUAAAAGACUCUUCUUGAACAUUUGCGAGGAAAAACAGAACAAUGAAUGUAAUGAAUGAAGCUGAGCACAUGAUGGCACUAUACAUUCAGCAAACAGCUUGUUGUGGAGCUGAAAAGCCUUCUUUGACUUUCUGCCAACGCUGCCUGAUGUCCUCAAUAGAUGUUCAGUGUCAUUUUUAUUUUCUCACUCUUCUUUUUUUUUGAAUUGCAAGUUUUAUUUUGCUUUCUGAAACCCACUUUUUUUUUCUUAGCUUUUGAACAAAUGCAGUGAUUGUGUGGACGUCCCCAAUCCCUGUUUCCUGUGAUUCUGCUAACUCAUUUUGAGCAUUCUGUGUAGGAGCCAAAAUCUCCCUGGACAGGAUGUAUACAUUUAUAAUGACACGAGCUCAACAGGAAGCAACAGAGACUCUGUCGAACGGAGGGUAAACAAAUGGACAAUAUAUCUAAUGAACAGGGAGUGCAGAGCGCCUCUUGCGUAUUUUGAUCACAUCUUAGACUUAAGUGUCCUUCAUGAUUCACUGACGCUGGUGAAAAUCAUCUGCAUGGCGACCGAACGUUUGGGGAAUGCAAACUUCCUGGUGCUUCACUGCAGAGCGAUAAAGCGUAGAGUUUGUCAGCUUCUUUUUUUUCUUUAACUGUAGAAUGCUAAGAUAUUCAAAUCCUCCUGAUUGCAUUAAACAGCUGUGAUGCACCA